CUCGUCAUCAUGGUAACCAAGGAGCGCGCUGUAAACUGUAAACAGUUUGGCGUUAGCUGAGAGAAGAUGGAGGUAAUACAAGAGGUCAAGUCUGAGACGGAAGAAGCUGAACAGGAGAGGGGGGAUAUGGAUGAGGAUAAGGACGAGGGAGAAGAGGACGAAGCCCUGAGGGAUUUACGGGAACUGGAGCAGACUCUGAGCGGAAUGCACAUUGACCCCUCAGCUCCCCACAUGCUGGAGCACAAGCGUGAGGUUGACGUGUCGGAGUGGCCUGCCUCAUACAGGGGAAACUCAACUCAGGAGAAGCUGCUAAUUGCUAUGGCUGAGAACUUCCGUUGCCAGUACGCCCAUCUCUAUCCCGACCGCAAACAACUUCUACUCUGUCCAGUGAAUGAGUGCGGUGUUCAGAAAUUUGUGAGCACCACAGUGCGGCCCACACUGCUGCCAUACGCCGAGUUCUACCACUGGCAAGGCUGUGCCAGUUUUGUCUCUGACUUUCUGUCCCUGAUGCGGUUGGAUCCUCCAUUUGACCCGCCAAAACAGCUCCGCUCUCCUACUUGUGUGCUGCGGACUCAGAGAGGGACCUGUUUUGAUUCCUCCACACUGCUGUGCAGCCUGCUGCUGGGUGCUGGUUACAAUGCCUACUGUGUGAGUGGCUACGCUAUUAAGGAGAUGUGUCUGCUCCAACACGAUCGGCAGGAGUGCCCUUUACUUAAACCAUCGACCCAGGAAAAGUUAGUGGAGCAGAAGCUGCAAGUUAAGAAAUAUUCUGUGAAGCCUUCACGAGACCUGCGCAGCAAAUUUGAGCAACAACAAGAGGAGAGGAAGGAGGAGGAGCGUCGAUCUGAGCUACUCAGCAAACAGCAAGAAGCCGAGAGACUUCAGGAGGAGAAGGAACGUCCUCCUUCAGAUCCUCUUCUUGGCCUGAGGGUUCACAGCUGGGUUCUGGUUCUAUCAGGGAACAGGGAGGUACCGGAGAACUUCUUCAUUGACCCCCUCUCAGGUCAGAGCUACUCCACCUCCAGUGAGAACUUCCUGGGCAUUGAGAACAUUUGGAACCAUCAAAACUACUGGGUCAACAUGCAAGACUGUCGCUUCGGCUGUGCGGAGAUGACCUAUGACCUGGGGGAUGCAGUAAAGUGGGAGUACAUGCUGUGUGGAGCCAGCAGUCAAUCACUGCUUCUUAUUCCUGACAUGGAGCAGCAAGAUGAUGAGGAGGAUGAGGAAACAGAAGAGCCCAAGGUGUUUGAGAUGCCUCCAUCCUGGGUCAUGAAAAUUCAAAUCUCCCAAGAAGAUAUGGAAAGUCGUUGUCCUGGUGGGAUGAAGCUUAUCCAGUACAGGAAGGCCACGGUGGAGAAGUUUGCUCCUUAUCUCCUGCAGGAUGGAUUAGUCACAAGACUCACCACUUACAAUGACCUGGAAUGUACUCGGGCAAACAUGGUUACAGAGUGGUAUAAACACAGACAUGAUCACCUGGAGAGGAGAGAACUGAACAAGAGUACCAGCAUCACCAUCGAGAGUUUUACUCCGGGAAGAAGCUCUGCUUUGAAAUCUCACAAGUAUGUGACUCUAGUCCUGGAGACGGAGCGUCAGAUGGAGUUCUACAGUAAUGCUCGGGCUGAUGGCCUGGCCAGCCGUGUGGAGACAGAGGCAGACAUGACUGAAACCUUUGAGAACCGGCCUGACUUCCUCUAUUACAGACAUGUUGUUUAUGGCGGGGUCAGUGAUUCCGGUAAAACACCCAAACAGGAUCAACGACCAAUUCAGAAAGUGGUGGAGAAGUUCCACAGGGAUCGAUCCAAGCCUGCCAGUGAGAAUAUCGCUGAGCGAGUCUUCGUAAUUUCCGAGGAUCACAUCCAGGUGACGUACCAUCUGGAGGACAACAGGAUCAUUCCUGCCUGGCACGACUUUGUUAAACCUCGCGACACGGGCAACUCGCAGACCCUGUACGCCUUCACACCAGAGAUGGUCUCCAGCUUCCAGGUGAACCCACUUGAGAAGCCCUACAAGAACCUUUUCCUGUACGAGACUCUCAUGGCACUGAUGGAAGAGGAGAGAAGAGUGAUUACGAACAUCAGAGACUCGAAAAAAGAAAUCAGAGACAUCCUUGAUGUAAGACAGCAGGAGGAGAGCGCCAUUAAGCUUCAGGUCUCCAUUUACGACACAGCCAGAAACGAAAAAGCACGCCGCCACAGAGAGGAGCUGGAGCGUCUGGCUGAAGAGGCACGUCUGUCGAAGGAAGAUGAAGAGCUUGACGUUUUGGCUCCGUUCCUGGUUCAGCUAGGAAAUCCCAAGAGCCUGACUAAGCAGCAGGCGCUGCAGCUCCGCACAGACUGUCUGGCCGAGCUGAAACAGAGACUCAUAUGCAGAGCCAAUCUCAUCCAGACUCGAUUUGAAAAGGAGACACACGAACUGCAGCAGAAGCAGCAGUGGUACCAGCAGAACCAACUCGCCAUGAGUAAAGAGAACGAGGAAGAGUAUUCGGCUUACUGCUCAGACGCCAUGUUCAGGAUAAACAUGCUCAAGCUGCGGCUCAAUCGGCACAAGGACAGAGCACCACAGAUGUAUCUGGCACUGGAUGAGAAGUUAAGACGAGACCCCAGACUGUCUCAGCACCUCCUGUGACCCACACGCACACGACAUACAGCAGGUCAUAGGUUAAAUGAUUUGAUAAUCUCGCACAUUAAAGCUUCAUUAAAGUUUGAGCUUCUUCUAGUUUCCUUGAAAUAAAUAUUAAUUUAAAGUAUAAA